AAGUGCCAAUUUUGGCUUUUGAGUUGGGGUCUCCUUAAAGGGAGCCCAAAAAAAUAAAAACCCUUCUUUUACUGCUCUUGUUUUCUUCCCCGGAGCAAAUUAGAGAAGAAGGGGAGAAAAAAGGAGAGAAAUUUAAAGACCCUUCAUUCUCUCUCUUUCUUUCCUUUCUUUUUGAUCCCAAGAAACACUUUCCACAGAGAGAAGGAAACUGUUUUUAGAGAGAGAGGGAGAGAGUGAGUUUCCAGUAUGUCUCUGGGCUAUGCAGAGAAGCUUUCUUUCAUAGAAGAUGUGGGUCAAGUUGGAAUGACAGAGUUCUUUGACUCAGCUCAUGUUUUACAAGAUAAAAUCGAACAACUUGCAAAAUUGAUACAAAAGAGUAGGCAUCUAGUGGUGUUUACAGGUGCAGGAAUAUCAACUUCUUGUGGCAUACCGGAUUUUCGAGGUCCCAAAGGAAUAUGGACAUUGCAGCGUGAAGGUAAGCCCUUACCUGAAGCAUCACUACCUUUUCACCGUGCAAUGCCAAGCAUGACUCAUAUGGCUCUGGUUGAACUAGAGAAGGCUGGCAUUUUAAAGUUUGUUAUUAGUCAGAAUGUCGAUGGUCUCCAUCUUCGAUCUGGAAUACCAAGGGAGAAGCUUGCUGAAUUGCAUGGGAACUCGUUUAUGGAAUCAUGUCCCUCGUGUGGUGCCGAGUAUUUGCGAGAUUUUGAGGUGGAAACUAUUGGAUUGAAGGAGACAUCACGACGUUGUUCUGAUGAGAAAUGUGGAGCGAAACUUAGGGAUACAGUUCUUGACUGGGAGGAUGCAUUGCCACCGAAGGAGAUGAAUCUAGCAGAGAAGCACUGUAGAAUGGGUGAUGUCGUGCUUUGUUUGGGGACAAGUUUGCAGAUCACUCCUGCAUGCAAUCUGCCUUUGAAAUCUCUUCGUGGUGGGGGGAAGAUUGUUAUUGUGAAUCUUCAGAAAACUCCAAAGGACAAGAAUGCCAGUUUGGUGAUCCAUGGCUUUGUAGAUAAGGUCAUUGCAGGAGUCAUGGAAUGGCUUAAUAUGCAGAUUCCUCCAUAUAUCAGGAUUGAUCUCUUCCAGACUAUUCUAACUCAGUCCCUAAGUUCUGAUAAAAAAUUUGUGAACUGGACCAUCCGCAUAGCAAGUGUGCAUGGACUAAGCACUCCAUUGCCAUUCAUUAAGUCUGUUGAGGUUUCCUUCUCGGACAGUCAAAAUUACAAAGAAGCUACUCUUAAUACGCCACCAUUUCUACUGAAAAGGAGAACUGUAAGGACGGAAACAUUUGAGAUGUUUUUGAAGCUCAAGUUUAGUGAUGGUUGUGGCUGUCUUAGCACCCAAAUCAAAAUCCCUUUUAAUUUCCAGGCUUCAACUGAAGGUUUUAAGCUUGAUAAGAAGGCCACAUUCGAAAAGAUGAGAGAUGCAGCGAUUCAAGAUUCCAGCUGUGGGCAGAAUGCAGUGGUUGAGAGGAGAACUGUUUUAGUCCCCAAAAGUGAGAUUACAGUUCAUGCAAUUGUUACAAAUGUUAGAACAUUCGACUGUCUUAUAAGCAAUGGUGAUUUGAAACCAAGAAAAGAAGGUCUGCAGGGUUCUGAAACGACGACCCGGAAGCGAUCGAAAGGACGGAAACGAAAAAUGAGUUCAUAGAGAGAGUAAAAAAGAGGCUUUGUAGUUUGGGAAUGUGUAUAUUUGUUAAUCUUCAUUAGGUCAAGUAGUCAAGUUGUAAGUAUGGGACUGAGUGAAUUUUGUUAGAUAUUUAACACUCAGAGUCUCUCAAGCUAUGAUUAGGACAGUGCAAACUCUGUUGACAUGGUCACCCAGUUUUGUAGGACUAAGAUUUUAAGAAUCUCAAAGUGUUCUUCAUUAUUACUUGGUUGGUGUAUAUGUUAAAUGAUGAAUACAUUGUUUAAGGGCUAACAUCUCUUUAUCAUACAUAAAUCUUUUCCAAAA